AUGCAGGAUUCCAGGUCAGCUCAGCCCAAGGCGAACCGAGUCUCCAAAGGGAGAGGCCGGAAGAACGGUGCAAGGGGAGGACGAUCAGGCCCUCGCCCCGGUCCUGCCCAGAACUCGACGGGAGCAGACACCGAGAUGCAAGACUACCCUGAUGACAAUCCCACUGGCGCGCGUGAACCUGCGACUUCUGGUGCAGCCGGCUCAAAUGCCGCCCUCACCAUAGCCGUACCCACCGACACCCCCAAGUUUGUAGACCUGGGAAAAGACAAUGUCAUCCAUCCCGUGUUGCUCCAGACUCUGACGCAGGACAUGAAGUUCAACCACAUGACGCCCGUCCAGGCAGCCACCCUUCAUCCCCUCCUAACACAGCAUGCAGAUGUUUUGGCUCAAGCCAAGACGGGCACUGGAAAGACCAUCGCGUUCCUGCUGCCCGCCAUCCAGAAUCUCAUCAACCGCCAGCAGACCCCGGCGGCCAAUGUGUCGCUGCUCGUCAUCUCUCCCACGCGCGAGUUGGCAAUGCAGAUUGCCGACGAGGCCACGGCUCUGCUGCAGCGGAUGCCGCGGUACAAGGUCUGCAUUGCCAUUGGUGGCACCAACAAGGAUUCGGAAGAGAGACGCAUACUGAAGGGCUGCGAUAUCUUGAUUGGCACUCCAGGCCGGCUCUAUGAUCAUCUGGGUUCACCGUCUAGUCCGGUGGCGGGGAAGCUCCAGUACCUGAACACGCUAGUUCUUGAUGAAGCAGAUAGACUCCUUGAUAUGGGAUUUCUCGAUUCCUUGAAAAAGAUCAUCAGGUGCUUGCCCGACAAGAACGUCAGACCGAGGCAGGGCAUGCUCUUCUCGGCCACCGUGCCUGACCACGUCCAGAAGGUGGCCCACCUCGCCCUGUCCCAGAACUACAAGUUCAUAUCCACCAUCCCAGAGGGCGAGAUGAACACCCAUGAGCGCGUCGCGCAGCAGCUUGUUGUCGUCCCCAACUUCUCUGACAUGGCAGCUGCUCUGCUCGGUGCUCUGCGCCAGGAACGUGCGCGUGCCGGCGCAGACACCAGUAAGGUCAUCGUAUUCGCCCCCACAGCCGGGCUUGUAGACUUCUACACUGAUAUCCUACAACAGUCCCCGGGCAUGCCCAAGAUUCUCUCACUUCAUGCCCGCAUGACACAGUCCAAGCGCAGCAAGAUCACCGAAGAGUUCCGCCAGGCACGGAGUGGUGUUCUGAUCGCGACCGACGUCAUUGCUCGAGGCAUGGAUUUCCCCCUAGUAACCAAUGUCUUCCAGGUUGGCCUGCCUUCUGACAAGGAAUCCUACGUCCACCGUCUCGGACGUACUGCUCGUGCCGGUGCCGAGGGACGCGGGACCUUCAUCAUCACGUCCCACGAGACCUUCUUCUCAAAGUGGACACUCAAGGACGUCACGUUCCACGAGACGCCGGCCGACCUGAGCGCACAGCCCGACGUUCUACGCAUCGCCCAGACGAUGGACACGCACGCCAAGGUGUACCAGGGGUGGCUGGGGUUCUACACGGGGCGCAUCAAGCCCAUGGGAUGGGAUAACGUCCGACUGGUUCAGGAGGCCAACAAGUUCGCGCUGGACGGGCUGGGUGCUCCUGAGGUACCCACCCUGCCCAAGAGCACCAUCGGUAAGAUGGGACUCAAGGGCGUCAGGGGAUUGGUCGUCGGGCCUGACCCGCCGAAGCAGGGACGAGGUGGCCGGCCGCGAUAG